UAGAGCCCGGUGGAAGCAGCGGCAGCCGUGGUGGGCGUCGCGAGUGAUUGCGCGGCUUGUUUGCCUGUCUCACUUCUCUGGCAGUCCUCGCCGCACUGGCUGAUUGUUGUGCAGCCGGCGUCAUGUCCGUGAGCGAGAUUUUCGUGGAGCUGCAGGGCUUUUUGGCUGCCGAGCAGGACAUCCGAGAGGAAAUCCGAAAAGUUGUACAGAGUUUAGAACAAACAGCUCGAGAGAUUUUAACUCUACUGCAAGGGGUCCAUCAGGGAGCCGGGUUUCAGGACAUUCCAAAGAGAUGUUUGAAAGCUCGAGAACAUUUUGGUACAGUAAAAACACAUCUAACAUCUCUGAAGACCAAGUUUCCUGCUGAACAGUAUUACAGAUUUCACGAGCACUGGAGGUUUGUGUUGCAGCGCUUGGUGUUCUUGGCAGCAUUUGUUGUGUAUUUGGAAACAGAAACACUAGUGACUCGAGAAGCAGUUACAGAAAUUCUUGGCAUUGAGCCAGAUCGGGAGAAAGGAUUUCAUCUGGAUGUAGAAGAUUAUCUCUCAGGAGUUUUAAUUCUUGCUAGUGAAUUGUCAAGGCUGUCUGUCAACAGUGUGACUGCUGGAGACUACUCCCGGCCCCUCCACAUCUCCACUUUUAUCAAUGAGCUGGAUUCCGGUUUCCGCCUUCUCAACCUGAAAAAUGACUCCCUGAGGAAGCGCUAUGACGGCUUGAAGUAUGAUGUGAAGAAAGUAGAGGAGGUGGUCUAUGAUCUCUCCAUCCGGGGCUUCAAUAAGGAGACAGCAGCAGCUUGUGUUGAAAAAUAGGAGGCUCUUCCCAUUCCUGGCCUUGCUGACCUCAGCACUUGCCAGGAAGGGGUGAGCACAGAGUGCCUCUUACCGUAGUUAGGAUGCCCAGUUGCUAGGCACCUCGCUUUAUUUUCUUAACCAAUUGUGUGGUGUAAGUAUCAGAAUUGAAAACUUUUUUUGGGGUAAAAACGAAUAACCUUUCCAUGGACAGAAUUUUCUUUGUUGUUUCAGUGAAUUUGCUCUGUAAUUCGUUGUAUUUCAGUUUUGUCAAAAGUGUAAAUGUCAAUCUCUUGGUAAAGUCCUUUUCUUGCUUACCCUGACUGGUGAUGUUCUCUUUAAAUUUAUUGCCUCAUUUGUGAUUGUUCCAGAAAUGACACCUAAUAUUUUCUGUAUCCAAGUUAGCCAUCCAUUCCCAGGUGUAGCCUGAAUAUAGUAUAAAAAUAGAUUAUUAAAAAGGAUGAUUGGCAAACAAGGAAAA